ACACCACCUCCAGUCAUCAAUCCCAUCAUGUGGGUUUAGCCUUGGCCUCUAUUUCUAUCAACACCGUCCUGGGUCUUCCUCUGAAUGGUUACGUCAUGUGGUUGAUCUUUGCAGGAGCCUCAGGCACUCUGACCUCAGACUUCUUUUCUCUCAACCUAGCUAUAUGUGAGAUCAUUUUCAUCUUAUUCAGCAUGACCUAUAUUGUUUAUGAUCAGCUGCAUGAUUUUCUCUGGUUUGAAGUCUUCAUGUUUUCACGCGGUCUUCUCUUCACCGGCCGACCUCUCUUCAUGUGCUGCAUCUGUGUCGAGUGCUACCUUGGUGUCGUCCACCCGGUGUUCUUUCUCCGGUGUAAACCCCUGAGAUACAAGCUGGCCUGCGGUUGUGUUGCCUGGAUGAUUAACUUGAUUUCCUGUAUCUACUCCCUGUACACAUAUUCAAAUUCUCUGUAUCUGUAUGGGUAUUUCAUUCAGAAUAUGUUCAUCUUCUUUGUAAUGCUCUCCUGCUGUCUCUCGGUGCUCUGGGCUUUAAAACGCCCUGGUCCUGGGGCGAAAGGCACAGGGAAGAAGAAGAAGAUCUGUCCAAUGAAGAGAAGAGCCUUCAAAAUCAUUUUGAUAAUCACCACUUCCCAGGUGUUUCAUUUCUCUAUGUAUGUUGUUGCUAUUCCACUGCAGUGUUGCCUCAGUACAAUGGAUUUUGCCACUGUCUUAACCGUCUGCACAAGCUUUGCUUUGACAACUGGGUUUAUUCAGCCCCUCCUCUACCUCCACAGGGCUGGAAAACUGGUGUGCUCAGGGGAUUAAUAAUCAUCACAAUCAUUGUCAAUAAACCAUGUGUAUAUGACUGUGCAGGUUUUCU